GGGCGGAGCCGAGGAUGCGGGGGACCAACCAAACCUCGCGGGAGCGAGACGGAGUUUGCGCGGAGGCUGCUGGGAGCCGGGAAGGUCGAGUGGCCUUCUGGGAAUUGUAGUGCCGUGGUCCUCUGCCGGCGUUGAGUGAGAUGGCGGCCCGUGCCGUUGUGGAACCGUUGCAGCAGCACCAGCACCAGCAGAGAGGGGAGGAGAAUGGCUGCGGAAACAGCCCUAGUCCUGGGGACUCGUGUGAGGAACAGGCCAACACGCCGUACCUGCAUGCCCGCCGCAAGCUAGAGAACCUCCUCAAUAAGAGCAUGCGCAUCCAUAUGACGGACGGGCGGACCCUCGUGGGCUGCUUCUUGUGCACAGAUCGAGAUUGCAACGUGAUCCUUGGCUCUGCCCAAGAGUACCUCAAACCCACUGACUCCUUCUCAGCCGGGGAGCCCCGAGUCUUGGGCCUGGCGAUGGUUCCAGGGCAUCACAUUGUCUCCAUUGAGGUUGAGCUGGAGAGUCUGGCCUCCUUGCAUUACCUCUGAUGCAGCACUAGAGGGCAGCAUCUUCCCAACGGUUGGCUAAAAGGGGGAAAACAGUAAAAAGGACUCGUGCCCUUUGCGGGCAAGAAUAGGUUUCCCCUGCUUUCUGGACUAGACUCUGGUUUUGGCCAAGGACAUUGAGGAAUGGAAGCUUUCCUGCACAGCUGGACUGAAGUGGUGCACGCAUUGGAAAGUAGGAUGCCCCCAUGUCCAGGGCUUGGGAAGUGACGGACUUCUAGAAGUGUUUUUUUUUUUUGUCGGAUGUUUGUUAAAUCUGGAAAAAUCCCAUUACUGUUGUUCUGAGUUGUUUGUGGUUUAGUUUUGGUUUGCUUUUAUGAGCAGCACAGGAACGACUGUUUUGGCCUUGCCAGGAUCACCAAUGAGUGGAGGCUUUAAGUCCCCCUCCCCCCCCUGCAGUCAAGAUUGCUGUUCCUGUGCUGUGAGAGGAGAUGACUGAGGAGGGCAGCACCCUCUUUCUCUGGCGACAGCAGUCGCUGCAGGCCCCUGAGCUGCUUUGGGAAGCAGGAGGGCUCACACUGCAGCUCAGCAAGCAGCGAGGCGUGGGCUGCGGCCUUACACUGAAUCGGACCAUUGCCAUUCACCUAGCUGAGUACUGUCUGCACUGACUGUCGGCGGCUCUCCAGGGUUUCAGACAGAGGAUGUUCCCAGUCCUACCUGGAGAUGCCACUGGAGAUUGAACCUGGGACCUUCUGUGGGCAAAGCAGGUGCUUGUACCACUGACCUAUGAUGUCCUUCCCCCAUGGAUAGGCAGUGGUGCUUGAAUGAUGGAGACCUCCCUUUCCUCACUCACCUGGGCCCUGCAUCUUCCUCUCCCAUUCCCUGGUCUAUUAAAAGGAAGAAACCUGUGGCCCUCCAGAUGACACGUUACAGUUCCCAUCAUCCCUGAUUGAUGGCUGAAAUGGGUGGGAUUUGGAGUCCCAGCAUCUGGAGGGCACCAGGUUCCCCAUUAUUGCUUUACAACUUCUCCAGAUCUGCUCCUCACUAGACCCCAGAUGCAUCUCUGAAGGGCACUAAAUAUUCCAGAAACUGAGUCCGCCUUAAUUCUCCCUUCCCAGUGUUCUUCAACCUUGAGUCCCCAGAUGUUUCAUAGAUUAUCUUCUUUACAUUUCAUAGGAUAGUAGAGUUGGAUGGGGCCUACAAGGCCAUCAAGUCCAACCCCCUGCUCAGUGCAGGAAUCCAAAUCAAAGCAUUCCCGACAGAUGGCUGUCCAGCUGCCUCUUGGAGGCCUCCAGUGUUGGAGAGCCCACUACCUCUCUAGGUCAUUGGUUCCAUUGUCGUAUGGCUCUGACAGUUAGGAAGUUUUUCCUGAUGUCCAGUCGAAAUCUGGCUUCCUGCAACUUGAGCCCAUUAUUCCAUGUCCUGCACUCUGGGACGAUCGAGAAGAGAUCCCAGCCCUCCUCUAUGUGACAACCUUUCAUGUACUUGAAGAGUGCUAUCCUAUCUCCCCUCAGUCUUCUCUUCUCCAGGCUAAACAUGCCCAGUUCUUUCAGUCUCUCCUCAUAGGGCUUUGUUUCCAGUCCCCUGAUCAUCCUUGUUGCCCUCCUCUGAACCCAUUCCAGUUUGUCUGCAUCCUUCUUGAAGUGCAGAGACCAGAACUGGACACAGUACUCAAGAUGAGGCCUAACCAGUGCUGAAUAGAGGGGAACUAGUACUUCACGCGAUUUGGAAACUAUACUUCUGUUAAUGCAGCCCAAUAUAGCAUUUGCCUUUUUUGCAGCCACAUCACACUGUUGGCUCAUAUUCAGCUUGUGAUCAAUGACAAUUCCAAGAUCCUUCUCACAUGUCGUACUGCUGAGCCAAGUAUCCCCCAUCUUAUAACUGUGCAUUUGGUUUCUUUUUCCUAAGUGUAGAACUUUGCACUUAUCCCUGUUGAAUUUCAUUCUGUUGUUUUCAGCCCAAUGCUCCAGCCCAUCAAGGUCCCUUUGAAUUUUGUUUCUGUCUUCCAUAUUAUUAGCUGUGCCCCCCACUCCCAUGAUCCCUGACCAUUGGCCAUGCUGUCUGGGGAUGAUGGGAGUUGCAGUCCACCAGCAUCUGGGGACCCAAGGUUGAAGAUGUAGGAAAUACCCAUCACAUAUUUUCAGCCCUCGCUGAGAACUAUUAAGAGCUCCAGUGAAGAUUUAGCAACAGCCACCAGAUAGUAAGCUGUGUGUCUGCAGCUGAUUUGAUCCCCCACUGUUCCUUUAAAAGCAAAAGGACAGAGCCAGCAAGUGUAGUGAAUAGCAGCGGUAAAGCACACCAAAAGAUGCCAAGUAUAAUCUUAAAACCUCAAAGAAGUGCCUGUCAAAGGUUCAUUUCAGCCAUUAUAAGUUCAUUUUCAAGAGGGCUGUAGAAGGAUAGUCAGACUCAGGACCUAUGCCUAUUCUUUUGGAUUUUCUAAAACGCAUGCCUACCCCUUGAACAAGAAAAACUGCAUUUUGUAAUCUGUAUGGAUUAUUUGCAGAAUUAUGCCUUUGUUAGUUACAUGGAGUGGGAGAGAGGGGAAGAGAGCCAGGGAGACAAAGCACAGAAGCCCCCGGCCCUUGGCAGCAUGACUCGUCCUUCCUCCAGCUUCUAAAGGUUCACUAUGUCAUUUUCCCCAUAUGCUUUCAAACCAUGAGGGCUAGAAACGGCCUGCUACAGAACCAGUGGGUGGAAUCUAGCAGCCAAAGAAUGCGUUCUUCAAGGGGCUGGGGGAGAGCUGCAGAAUUCACACAGCCCUGCUGACAAUCUGGGUAUUAAAUUUACUAUCUGGGCCCAGAAACAUGCAAGGCGCCAUCUUGACUGCAAUGACUAACAUUUUUACGCAGAGAGUCUUUGCCAAGACGUUCCUGGGAAGAACAGGAUUUACUUCCCAUCUGACCUGUGUGGCUGUUCCAUCAGCGGCGGAACAGUGCAGGAAAUGGUAUCUAUAGAUAGACGGGGGCCUGUCUUCUUUGGCUCCUCUUUGCCCCCACAUUACAAUGGGGAGCUUGUAUGAGCCAACAACCGUAUUAUCUUAUCCAAGGUUCCUUCCUCCCCAGAAUGUGGAGUUUCCAUCUAAACUGCUUGGCGCCCAGGGCUGACUCAGUUCUUCCUUAUCCUGUUUGGAACAGGAUAUUCCCCUCUCCAGCCCAGCAGCAAGAGUGAUAACCUUUCUGCAGGUUGUCUGUGUCCCUGUGUGCCUUUGCUAGCUGUGCAACAGGCUGAAAUUCAGCCAGUGCAACUUUCCCUCUCGCUGCAUCUCCAUGCCAAGAAAAACUUCACUGGUUGAAUUUCUCUCUUCUAGGACAGAUGCAAAGGGCAAUGGGAAGAAGGUGUCGGCUCUCUUCUGAAUCAAGAUUAGGCAAACUGGCUUCUCUUAGGGGCGUGUAUGUGUCUCCCUGUAGCUGCUACAACACAGCCUUUUUAACGAGCAAACUCUUUUUAUAGUCGUUAUUUCUCAAAGGUAAGCUCCAGUUCUAACCCUUUCACAGAGAAGUUGGAAGAGAACAUUUGCCCCAAAGGGAUCUCUGACACAGAUCAGCUCAGUUGCACCCAGAUCACCAACACUCAGAGCCCACUACCCAAUCCUCAACUCCAAGGAAUGGAUGCUAGCAGCUUAAAAUGGGUGUGAAUAGGAGAGCCCAUGAUCCCAAGCCUUGUUCUGUAAGGCAGGGAGAUGUGGAGGUUGCUGGAUUCCCAACUCCCAUCCUCCCUUGGCCCUGGUGGCUGGGGCUAAUGCGAGUUAGAGUUCUAACAACCUCUGGAGUGCCAGAGAUUCCCCAUGGGUGAACAGAGUAGCAGGCAGGCCUGGUUGUCCAGAUGGAAAGGCAGACCCGGCUGCUAUCUGCUAGCAGUAGUGGAGGAAAGGUUGGGUAGGCUUCAGGGUGGCUGGAUCUGCCCUGGAGGGUGGUGUGUGUGUGUGUGUGUGUGUUUCGCUAGAACUCCAAGGCCCACCAAAGCCAGGUGCGAAAUGGUGGCUUGUGAGGGAACCCAUGCCCUACCGUCCCCAACGAGCCAUAACUGAGAGAGGGUGACAGAGGCUCAUUGGGGAUGGUAGCUGGCUGAUAUAUCAGACAUUUGACUUAACCUGAGAGGCUCAUAUUAUAGAGGAUUUAAAACAUCUAUUGACCAGUUCCAGACCAAUAGACUGGGCAGGACACAUACUUGCAUAUUAUGUUGCGUGGGUUGUCUUCACAACAAUUAAGACCCCAAAGGAGCCUAGUAAUAUGCAGCCAAUAAUUAUUCAUAUUGUCCACUGAAGAACACCUGGUCAAGGCUGAAACGUGUUUGGUUAAUGGUAUAAUUUAGUUGUUUUAAAUUAUGUUUAACGGAGCUAGUUAUUAAAUGUACAUUAAAAUUAUAUUAAUUAUUAUAAUAAAUUAUAUUAAUCAUUUCAAUAACUCAAGCUAGUAUCCCAUGUAGCCCAGUUUUAAAUUUUGUUAGAGACUUCAUCUAAGAUCGUAGUGUGCAUUGUUCUUUUUGCAAAGUCCUCACAAUAGGACUCCUUUGUGAAGUUGGCACAUUCAAAUACUUUAGAGAGUGAGAGGUCGUGUUUGUAGUCUGGAACGCCUGGAAGCACCAGGCUGGCAAAGGCCGCACUGGGAUAAUGUGGAUAGUCAAGCACAGAGUUACAUCUGAGUGAUUGCAGAUCUGCUGUUCUAACACACAGGUCAGUUGUGGCCACAAUGUGUUUCAAGGGUAGUCAGAGCAGGCCUCUUCCUGCACCGUCCUAACCUUUGUGGGGAAAUUGCCUUGUCAAGGAUGUGCCUUUCCAAAUGAAAAAGGGCUUGUGUAACCAGUUCCUCUUUCCCAGCAAGUGACAUCCUGCCUUUAAUUCCCCCCUCUCAAAAAGCAAGCACAGAUUUAACCACCAUGGAAGUUCUGUUGCAAACAAGAUUCCUACUUAAAUUCUGUAUAUCAGUUUGCCGAAAUUGGGUUGAAUUUAAUGGGGAUCUGACCAUAUCUUGAGCUUUUUCAGAACAAGGCAAGCACAAGGGCCUUUCGCUCAUUUUCUACAAGGUGAUCUCUCUUUUCCCCCCUCACCAUGAAUUUGUCCCCCAGUGCCCACCAUAACUCAACAGCAAGAGAAGUUAGACUCCUACCCCUUCAGAUACUACUAAUGAGAAAGCAACCACUCAAAGAUUUGUAACAAAGCUGUAGUGUGCAUAUUGAUGGAAAUGUACAAAUUAAUUUCAUCAGAAUAAUUUUUACCUGCAAUAAAUGUGUCAACUGA